GGCCAGAACAGCAGCCCGUCCUUAUGAACGUCCAAUGAAAUCACUGGUUGCAGAAAAUAUUUAUGUUUAGGUUCCAAAGAGACAUAAACUCCAGAUCAACAGUUGCUGAGAUGUCAUCUACAGUGAAACCAGAAGUUUCAGAGCUCUCUAUCCCGGUGCCAUGGGGGGAAAUCAGAGGGAGAGCUUGGGGUCCUGAACAUGGUCGUCCUGUGCUUUGCCUGCACGGCUGGGCUGACAACUGUGGCACAUUUAACACCCUCAUCCCCCUUCUACCCAAAGAGUGCAGAUAUGUGGCGGUGGACCUGGCCGGCCACGGUUUGUCCUCUCAUCGUCCCGCUGGAGUUCUCUACACGUUUCCUGCUAACGUGGCUGAUGUACGCAGAAUCGUUGACGGCCUCCAGUGGACAACAUUCACCAUCAUCGGCCACAGUAUGGGUGGCAACAUCGCUGCAUUGUUCAGUGCACUGUAUCCUGAGAUGGUAGAUGCCUUUAUACUGCUGGACGCGUAUGGAUUCUUACCUACAGAUCAAAAAGAAAUACCCAAAGUGAUGCGACAGGGGAUGGAUGAGAUGCUUCAGUAUGAGAAAAAGACGGAAGAGAAGAAAAGAGUUUACACGUAUGAGAAGGCAGCUGAGAGGUUGCUGGCUGCAAACCCGACUCUGUCUGAACGGUCGGUGCACACCCUCUUAGAGCGAGGUCUCGUUCAGGGUGAAGGAGGGUUUGUGUUCUCAAGAGACCCGCAAAUUAAUUUUGUGAGUCACUUUACACCUCCCAAUCCUUCCCCCCACAUUCCCCUCCUACUAUCUGUAAACUUGUAUUUUCUACAACAGAGGUUUAGCAUUCAGCUUGUACAGUAGCUGUGCUUUAUUUUAUGUUUCCAGAAAAAUAUAGUGCGCAUCAGCUUGGAGCAGAGUCUGGAGAUACAGUCGAGGAUUCAAGCCUCUGUUCUAGUUGUUCUAGGAGACAAAGGCUUUGGUGCAACUACUGGUCCAGAAUUAUACCCAAGGAGAUUUGCCUCUAAACUUCUCCAAGGAUAUCAUGACAGAAAUCACACAGUGGUUACGGUAGCUGGCGACCAUCACGUCCAUCUCAAUGAUCCUGAAGUUGUCGCUCCACUUGUUUCUGACUUCCUGCGGACUAAAGUGUUCUCUCAGCAUCUGCCGGCAUAGUACACAAACAUACGCACGCACGCACGCACGCACGCACGCACGCAAGCACGCACGCACGCACGCACGCACGCAUACACACACACACACACACACACACACACACACACACACACACACACUCCCUCACUUAAAUCAAACCAAGAACCAGCUCCAGAUCAUCUUUAGGACAAAGAAUAGUUUGACCAAGCUCUAUACUGUAUAUACAAUCCUACACUGUUCAAAAUAUGUUUUAUUUCUUUAUAUAAUUUAUGCAGCCGGGACGUCAUUAUUUAAUUUGAAGCUGAUCUAUGAAACUUGGCUGGUUCUCAUAAACCUAACGCUUGUGUGAGCUAAACAUGGCAGUCAUUAAAGGAGAUGUCACCCUCUGACAACUUCUCAUUAUGUAGGCCAAUCCUGUCUGUGUUCAGCUUUUGUGUUGCAGCCAGCAGGACAAAAAACUAAAUCUUAUUCCCAGCUCUUCCCUCAGUGACUACAUAAAACCCUGCAGCCGCCGUCAGUCAGAGCAGAUAUUAGAGGUGCAGCUCACACAAAAAUCGCCCCUCUCUUUCUCAAUGUCACAUAAACUGUGUGAUGGCCUUGCUGUUAAAUGGAGUGGAAUCGAUUUUACGCAGCGAGCAUUCACAGACAUCUGAAGGCCC